AUGAAAAGGCCAAAAGGAGAAGGCGAUUACAAUUCCACGUGCAGGAUAUCCAUAUUGCCAGAACACAUUCUGCAGAGAAUACUUUAUUUCCUCUCCCAAACAGAAGUUGUUCGAACCUCCGUACUGUCGAAAUCAUGGCGCAGUGUUUGGUGCACUCGCCCUAAUCUCGAUUUUUCGAUCCACGCCUUCAAAGGAAACAAACAAGACUUUAUAACCACCGUGGACAGCACUUUACAGCGAUACUUGGAUCAAAGGCUGUGCGUAGAGGAAUUCAGCCUUCGUGUAUCUAUAGGCAGUGACGACGACGAAGAAUCGAUGCCGGCUCUUGAGAAAUGGAUCCGAUUAGUCACAAAUAUGGGUUUGAAAGAGCUUCAUCUUCGGAUUAGUAUGGAAGAAUAUCCGUGUUAUAGUAAUCAUCUGCCGUCUGUAGUCUUUGAAGCCGAAUCACUCAAAGAUUUGUACUUGGAACGAUUCAUAGUGGACCAAAACACUAUUCGAGGGAUACUACUCUUGAAGAAUCUAAAAUCACUUGAUCUUCAACGAGUCUCGAUUAAGGAUGAUAUUUUCGAGAAGAUAAUAUUGUCUUGUCCUUUGAUUGAAACUUUGGAUGUCAGAAACUGUCGAACGUUAACAACAAUUGAUGCGACGAGUCUACAAAACCUAAAGAAGUUCACUUUUGUGAAUGAUAAUGUCCCCUUUGUGGAUGAUUGUAGAAUCAAAAUCCAUACCCCUUCUCUUGAAGUAAUUGAUUUUCGUGGCCGAUAUAUGCCGUUCCUCAUGGGGGCGGACUUUCGUAAUCUCACCCGUUUAUCCCUGACGGAUGUCGAUUCGCCGUUGGACCACUUGUCGACGUGCAAGUUCCCAAGCCUCGAGAUUUUAUAUAUUUAUUAUUGUUGUGGCUUCGAAGAAAUCAAGGUGUUUAUUGACGCCCCGAAGAUAAAUAAUUUUGAUUAUUUUGGAGACUUUAUCCCGUCCAUCUCUUUUGCAACAACAACUACUUCUUCCAGUGAGUGGCGUUCAAAUAUACACCUGCAUUCUACCGAUGUUUUUUCUUCUUUGUGGUUCGUCAAUCUAAACGAACUGCUCAAGUCGUUAAGCCAAUCCGAAAUUUCUCUCAACAUUGAUCAGUGUUCUCCCAUUCGAAAAAACAUUGCGGUACAAGACAAUAAUAUUAAACCGGUACUGGUGGAUAGUUUGAGUUUGAAUUUUGAUUUAUCUUCGAUUUCAUCUCUUAUGAAUGCUUUGUUUUGUGUUUGUCGUCCGAGAUUAAUCGAUGACUCUUUCUUUUGUGGAUACGGAUGGGAGAUGGAUGACAUCGAGUGUCUGUGGGAUAUUUUAAUGCAUCGAGAUUUGGAGGAAGUGAGAUUGGAGAUUCAUGACAAGAAUAAAAAAGAAUGGCGUCCGAAAACUCUGUCACAAUGGCGACGCUAUCAUCGACGACAUGGGGUACAUGUUCGUACUCGUUUUGCAUUGAAAUGGAGACAAACUUUGUGA